ACCGACUCACCAGCUCGGGCUCGGGCACGGCCCGGAUGACCUGGUGCAGGCGGCUGAGCACCCAGGCGAGGCGCACGUUGCGGGAGAUGCGGUAGUCCUUCUUCAUCAGGAGGAACACGUGUCCAGCCUCCUCCACCUGCGGCGGGAUCACAGAGAGAGGAGAAGCAGCUGGAGCUGACCCUGGAGGCGCUCAUCAGUCAGGUGGCCGACCUGAAGAACUCUUUGGUCAGUUUUAUCUACAAGCUGGAGAACGAGUACGACCGACUCACCUGGCCAUCAGUUCUGGACAGCUUUGCAUUGCUCUCGGGGCAGCUGAACACCUUGAAUAAAGUGCUAAAGCAUGAGAAGACCCCACUACUGCGAAACCAGGUUAUCAUCCCCCUAGUGCUGUCUCCAGACCGUGAUGAGGAGAUCAUGCGGCAGACGGAGGGGCGUGUGCCCGUGUUCAGCCAUGAGGUGGUGCCUGACCAUCUCCGAACUAAGCCCGACCCUGAGGUGGAGGAGCAGGAGAAGCAGCUGAUCACUGAUGCAGCUCGAAUUAGCCCUGAUGCAGCACAGAAACAGAUCCAAAGUCUGAACAAAAUGUGCUCAAAUCUGCUGGAGAAAAUCAGUAAGGAGGAGCGUGAAUCUGAAAGUGGAGGUUUACGACAGAACAAGCAGACUUUCAACCCUGCAGAUACCAAUGCACUGGUAGCAGCUGUGGCCUUUGGGAAAGGGCUGUCAAACCGGAGACCCCCAGGCUCAGGGGCAUCUGUCCAGUCAGGCCAACCAGGAGCUGGUGCCAUCAUUGCAGGGGCUUCAGGCAUCCAGCAGGUCCCAAUGACAGGGGCACCAGCUCAGCAGCAGCCAAUGCUGGCAGGAGUACAGAUGACACCAGCAGGACAGCCAGGAAAAAUGCCAAGUGGCAUAAAAACAAACAUCAAAUCUGCCUCAAUGCAUCCAUACCAGAGGUGAGCUGAGAUGAACCAGACCCAGGGAACAGCAGUGUUGUUACUGCUGCAGCCACCCUACUUGGAUUCCUUCUAGGACUAGUCCCUUUACAUAGCCACAUACCAUAUCCAGGGAGAUAGGGGUUAAGGGCCCUUCCCUGGGUUUUGUUUAUUGCUGGGUGGCGUGUGUGGAGCUGCUGGUGGCCACAUCUCCAGGACACAACUACUUCUCUGUUCAGCCAGAGCAGAGGACUUUGGUUAUGGUAUUGAUCCCAUCUUCUCCGGGUCUGGCCUGAAGGAUAACUACCCUUUCCUGAUACAGAACCUGAAGACUGCAUGGAGCACUCUGCUCCUUGUUUCUGCUUGGUCACUCAGUAUGUUCUUUCUUUACUCCCUCUUGUUGAAUAAAGACCUCGUUAUGCACACUGUGAGACACUGGUA